AUGGCGGAGCUUUGCUUAUUUGUCUUAGGAACGGUAAAUCCAGUGGUGAAAAGCAGAUCCACUGCGCGGAAAACCAAAAUGGCACCCAGGGGCAAGCUAGAAUGCGACGAUUCGUCCACGGUAGGCUUUAGUGAGAGGGCGUCCAUCAGUUUGUCCCGACUCACCACGGCGUCCACCACCCCGGUUGUCGAAUCUGCGGUGGAGAGAUUUGGAGAUUCAAGAGAGUCGAACCCAACGGUGGCCGUUAUGGAGCCGUUAGAAACUUCCGAGUUGGCAGUGUUUGGGUCGAUGGAGUGGUUCAGGGACCAGAAUAAAGUCUUCUCUGCGCGGGCCAGCUCCGGACGUUCCUUGGUGGCUACCACUCUGAUCAGCAAGCAGAAAUUCCGUAAAUUGGUGUCCCUUAACAAGACUAUAUGGGCGGGCGAGAAAGCAGUGAAGACGUCAUUGACGCUGUGCGGAUGGGUCCAAAAAACAGACCAAAACUCAUCGGAAGGCCCGAUGUCGGUGAGAGGGUCGGUGAGUUUGACCAACCGCUCUAAGAGAACCGAUUUGGCGUCUUUUUGA